GCUACUUCUUCUUCCGCAGUCCGCCGGCGGCACAGUCCAGGCCUGCUCCGGGGGUGCAUCGGCUUCGCCAGCGGCAGAGGGAUUCUGGGUAACGACCGUGGCCGGCGGGGCGGCUGGCUCCGCCCAGCAGGUUCCACUCACGCCAGGGCCGUUAGCGGUGGCGGUUGUCGGGCCCGGACCAGUGGGACAUGGAGCAGCCGUGGCCGCCACCGGGCCCCUGGAGCUUCCCGAGGACUGGCGGGGAGACCGAGGAAGAGAGUGACUUAGACGUGUCCCCCUCUUCUUCCCACUACUCUCCGGUACCGGACGGCGGCGCCCAGAUGUAUAGCCACGGGAUUGAGCUGGCGUGCCAAAAGCAGAAAGAGUUUGUGAAGAGCUCUGUGGCCUGCAAAUGGAAUCUAGCUGAAGCCCAGCAGAAACUUGGCAGUUUAGCACUGCAUAACUCUGAGUCCUUGGAUCAGGAACAUGCCAAAGCGCAGACCGCAGUGUCAGAGCUGAGGCAGCGGGAAGAAGAAUGGCGACAGAAAGAGGAGGCUCUGGUCCAAAGAGAGAGGAUGUGUCUCUGGAACGUGGAUGCCAUUAGCAAGGAUGUUUUUAAUAAGAGUUUUAUUAAUCAAGAUAAAAGAAAAACAGAAGAUGAAGAUAAAUCACAAUCAUUUAUGCAGAAAUAUGAGCAAAAAAUCAGACAUUUUGGUAUGUUGAGUCGAUGGGAUGAUAGUCAGAGAUUUUUGUCUGACCACCCAUACCUUGUAUGUGAAGAAACUGCUAAAUACCUUAUUUUAUGGUGUUUUCACCUAGAAGCUGAGCAGAAAGGCGCUCUAAUGGAACAGAUAGCACAUCAAGCUGUUGUGAUGCAGUUUAUUAUGGAAAUGGCCAAAAACUGUAAUGUGGAUCCAAGAGGCUGUUUUCGUUUGUUUUUCCAGAAAGCCAAAGCAGAGGAAGAAGGUUAUUUUGAAGCAUUCAAAAAUGAACUUGAAGCUUUCAAGUCAAGAGUAAGACUUUACGCUCAGUCACAAAGCUUUCAACCUGUGACAGUUGAGAAUCAUGUUCCCCAUUCUGGUGUUGGGUGCAUAGGCUCCGCAGAACCCUUACCACAGAAUCCAGAUUCUCUUCAGUGUUGUCCCCCUGCCCCUCUGUGCAGUGUAGACUCAGUGGUACAUAAAGAAGACGACGACAGGAUGAUGGACACUGUGUGACUCAGCGAGACCGCUGAGCCCAAGGACUAGUUUGUUACGAGAAAGGAAGAGCCUGCCUAUUUUUUGACACUUUUAUGGGUGCUGCACUUUAUUUCUGUUCGGUUUUGAUGGGAGGGAAAGAGAACUGAAAUGUUUUGCAACUUUUUUUAUGUGCUGCUAGGGUUUUUGUUGUGUUGUUGUUGUUUUGUUUCUGAAGGGAGGAGUGGUAACCAUGUGUUGCAGGAAGUCGAACUGGACGGACUCUCCCCCACCCCUCAGUUACUAAAUUUGCCUUUAACUGUUCUUAGUUUGGGAAUCAAAGUAUGAAAAUGUGCACAAUGCAAUGUUUACAAGACUGGUUGGCUGAGGAGACAUCUGCUACAUGGUCUUUUCUACAUGGACAUAUACAUGUCCUCUUUCUCGGAAAGAACUGAAGCUAAGAGUAUGCUGUGUCCCACUGCAAAGUUCAGCUGUCAAAUCUGCUAUUCAUCCCAUUAAAGCAAUAAAUCAGAGUGGUGACUACUUACCAAGGAGCAGGCUGGGCGGCACGGAAGCUACUUUAAGAUAUCUACAUGUGUAUUUUCGGCACCACCAGUUAACUCCUUGUCUACUAUAAAUUUGAUAUUAAAACAUUACAUCUAUCCCUAAAGUAAUAAUCUUAAAACUAUUCGAAGUUGAGUUUGUCCUGAUGACUGUUUAAAUAUUAAGGAGGAUAGUGAGUGUAGAAAACAGUACGGUUUUCUGUUUUUCCAAGAAGAUAAAAUGCAAGGUUACUCUAAUUUACUUGACAGAGUCUGGGACCUCUCAGGGAGUAAGUUUUAAAAGAAUAGUAAGGGCUGUAAGAACAUUCAGGAAGAGUAACGUCCUUGUUAAGUCACAGUUCCUGUGUUUCUUGUGGUGAAGCCUUGAGAAAUGAAGAGCUGAGCUGCCAGCCAUGCCUAAGGAUUUGAUAACAGUCCCUCCCGUUCAGUGGCGGUGACGGUCUCGCUCUCUGCUACUUGCUUCUAGCUUGGUUACUAGAGGAUGCUUCUGAUUUUUACUUCUUCCUGUGUAAUUCAUUGCAGAUCCUCCAGGAUGUCUGAUGAUUCUUUUAUUUAGAAUUAGAUGACAGUGCCAAUUAUGAUAUCCUUAUUAUUUGAGGAUUAAUCUUCCAGCAUACAGGAGCACUAGCUUUGGUUAUUUUCGAGUGUAAUCUUUGGCUCAGUGCCCACUUCAGUUUGUAGCAAAUAUCUGGAAAGUGGGUACCUGGGUUUGGGAAUGCAGGUCUCAGUUUGGUAAGGAAAUCAUGCUAAAGCAGCCUUGGGCGCUCAGAGCUGUGACCUCUGCCCCGGAUGUCCUUUUCAGCUGAUGGGGCACCUAAUACUGUGGACAUGGACUGGAAUUGUUGAAUCAUGCUCCUGUAAUGUCACAAUCUUCCUAGUUCCCAGAAUAAAAGUCUUUUUGUGCUUUUGAUAUAAAUAUAUAUACUCUAUAAUAAAAUGUCUGACUAAUUUAUA